AUGAGGAUAGUGGUGUUCAGCAUUUUACUCCUGGGACUCGCCCUCUACGUACAGGGCGAACCGAUCCAGGCUAAACGACAGGAGGACGAAAGUUUUCUCAACUGCGUGUUGGAGGAUAAUUCAAUGGGAUGCCUGACGACGAGACUGGCCAGGAACAUGGAUCAGAUCGAGAUGCGAGUGACUGGAAGGAAAAGCGAGACACCCAUGAGUGCUGUCAUCGAGCAGGCUGGUAGUUUCGUCGCCGAGGUCGUCGACGAUCUUCAGAAUCCUGGGAAAGCGGAGGAAAAGACGGACGUCGUUGCCCAAGGUGAGAAUUUGGUGAGAAAUGUAUCUCGAGUGGAAGAAGGACGUGGCAACAAGUUCGGCAAGAAGAAGAAGAAGCACCUACAGAGACUCUUAGGCUUGGCCAUGCUCUUCAAAGCUAAACUCAGCCUGUUACUUCAACUGAUCUCCACUCAUUUCCAACUGAAAUUCUUCGCUAUCGCCAUCAUCAGCUUGGUGGUGAACGCAGCCAGGUUUUGGCUGGACUUGAAGAAAGCUCACCCAGCCAAGGUGAUCUACUACGAACACGCUCAACACCAGCAUCACUACGAUCACGACGAUCACGAACACGGCUACUGGGGUAGAUCGUCCAACGAUCCACCACCUCAAGAUCUCGCCUACUCUAGUUAUGCUCCGCAGAAAGCGUCAUAA